CGACUGCAUUGCAGCAAGACACGACAGCAAGACCUGGCAGGGACGCAAACAGCAUUUGCGAGCACAGUCCUGCAGUUGCAACGCAUUGCUAUCAAAUAACCCAAGUUAGGUAACAGGCACUCACUCACGAACAUAAUCAGGCCAGCUGCCCGUGUCACCCUGAGUUGAGCCCUGACAAGUGCGCAAUCUUGACGUCGUGGGGGCCCCCGGCCGAUGAGUGGCCGGAAAAGAUAGAUGCAUUAGCAAGCAGCCGAGCAGCUGAGCUUGUGGAGCACCAGGUUCGGGCUCGCCAAAGGAAUCAGCAUGAGGACCGGCGAGGACCGAUUGUUGUUCCAGGACAUGCGCGAGUACGCGCGCUUCCAGGGAACUGGCGGCGGCGGCGGCCGCGGCGGCGGCGGCGGCGGCGCUGACCGCGAGCUCGACGAUCUUGACGACGCCACUGACCCACUACUGGGGCCUGGCGGCGGCGGCGGCGCGGGGCGGCGGCGGGCGGACCUGGAGGGCUUUGGCGGCGGCGCCAGUUUGCUGCUGGGGGGCGGGGCGGGGGGCGGAGAUGAUGGGGAGGGCUACGUGCCCUGGCGGCGUGCGUGGCGGAGCAUCUUCAAGAAGGGCAACGACGUGGAGAGCGCCCGAGUCAACCACAGCUUCACGCCCACGGAGCGCGCCAAGCUGGCCAACGUGGAGUCCAUCGACUACCUGGCGCCCAACAGCGCCACUUACCGCAAGUGGCUGGCGCGACAGCCUCACCGGCGCAGCUGGGACCGCUGGGUGAUGAUGGGCUCCAUCGGGGUGGCCACGGGGCUGGUGGCGCACGGCCUGUACGUGCUCAUCUCCUUCUUCGCGGGCUUCAAGUACGGCGUCACGCGCUGGCUACUGGGCCACACCAAUGUGGGCGUGGCGUGGCUGUUCAACGUGGUUGUGAGCGUGGGCCUGGUGGCGGCCUCCUCCGCGGCGGUGAUCGGCUGGGCGCCCGAGGCGCAGGGCAGCGGCGUGCCCGAGGUCAUGGCCUACCUCAACGGAUGCAUGCUGCCCAAGCUGUUCAACGUGGCUACGCUGGGCGUCAAGUGGCUGUCGUGCGGCCUGGUGGUGGCCAGUGGGCUGCCGGUGGGGCCGGAGGGGCCGCUCAUACACAUAGGCGCGGCUAUAGGCGCCGCGCUCAGCCAGGGGCACUCCACCACCAUGGGCUUCACCACGCAGCUGUUCCGGCGCUUCCGCAACCCCAAGGACAAACGCGACUUCGUGACGGCGGGCGUCAGCGUGGGCGUGGCGGCGGCCUUCAACGCGCCCAUCGGCGGCCUGCUAUUCGCGUUUGAGGAGGUGGCGUCCUUCUGGCAGCAGCGACUGGGCUGGCAGGUGUUCUACGCCUGCAUGUGCUCGGUGCUGACACUCAACCUGUCGCGCAGUGCUGGCAAGGCGCUGCUGGGGCAGGGCAGCUUCGGCUGGUUCGACAAGGAGGUGGCAUUCGAGCAAAUCGGCAUGUCGUUCUCCAGCCACGUCCUGGCGGUGGCGCCCGCGGCCGUCAUCGGGCUGUGUGCGGGGCUGCUGGCGGUCAUCUUCACGGUCGCCAACAUCAAGGUGACUCGGCUCCGCGCCAUGCUGACCGGGCACCUCAAAUGGAAGCGCGCCAUCGAGCCCUGCGCCCUGGCCGCCGUGUACAUCACCGGCGUCAUGCUGCUGCCGCUGUUCUUCCCCUGCACGCCCGCCGAGUGCGUGGUGGACGCCGCGGGCGAGAUGCAGUGCAGCACCGGGCUCAACGGGCCGGCGGGGCAGGGCAUACCGGACAUGGCUCCCUCGCUGCCGCUCUACACCUGCCGUGUCAUCGAGCACGUCACCCCCAACUUCACAGCCGUGCCCGCCUUCCCGCCGCCACCCUCCUUCCCCGGCGCGCCGUCGCCGCCCGCCGCCGCCAGCCCCUCCUUCCCUCGUCCCUCCCCCCAGGAGCCUGACUCAGCAGCCUUUGCCCCCGCCUUCCCUCCCGGGCUGCCGCCGCCGCCACCUGCGCCCACGGUACCCGUGGACGCGUUCGCCACGCCGCCGCUAGAGCCGCCGUUCGCGCCGCCGCCUCCACUGGCGCCGCCGUCGCCGCCACUGGCGCCGGCGCCGCCGACGGCGCCGCCAGCCAUCCCGUCGCCGCCACUGGCGCCGGCGCCGCCGCCGGGUCUGCCGCCUGGUCACCACCACCGUCGCGUGCUGCUGGCCUCAUCCACCUCCACCUCCACAACCUCAUCCUCCGCUGCCGCCUCAGCUGAUGCUGAUGCCUCGGGCUCGGCAAAUGCCGCGAGUGCCUUAUAUUAUGUAACCGGCGGCGCGAGCAGCCAGCCAGUCGCCGGCAUGGCGGCGGCGGCGCCUGCGGUGUCGGGCCGCCGCUAUCGGGCCGUGCCCGUGGGCCAGGGCAUGGGCAUGGGCUGCGGCCCCCAGUCCCACACCUUUGCCAACUGGGGCAGCCGCCUGGGCCGCCGCCUCAGCGAGUCGCUGCUACAGCAACCGCUGCUACAGCCACCGGUGCUACAGCCGGUGCUACAGCCGCACAGGUCGGCCCUGGGCCGGGCGGACGGCGUGGCGGGUGCGGUGAGCAAUGACGACAGUAGCAGCAGCAGUAGCAGCGGCGCGGUGGGGGCCGGCAGUAGCAGGACGUGGCUGCCGCGGGGCAUACCCACCGGCGGCGGCGGCAGCAUAACGCCCAAUGACGACGACGACCGGCGGCGCGGCGGCGGCGGCGGCGGCGGCAACGGCACCUCCACGGUGUACUACAACCAGCUAGCCACACUGCUGUUCAGUACGGGCGAGGAGGGCAUCAAGCACCUGUUUGCUCGCGGCACGCACCGCCUGUUUGGCUACAAGGCGCUGCUCACCAUGGGCGCAUACUACUUCGUGUUCGCGGUGCUUGUUGCGGGCAGCGCGGUGGCCUCGGGGCUGUUCGUGCCCAUGCUCAUGAUCGGCGCCGUGCUGGGUCGCAUCUUCGGACUGCUCACUGUGGACAUCGCGCAGGGCCUGGGCACGCGCUGGUCUGUGGACACGCUGGGUCCGUGGGCCUGGAUCGACCCGGGCGUGUUCGCGCUGGUGGGAGCGGGUGCCUUCAUGGGCGGCGUCACGCGCAUGACAGUGGCGCUGGCGGUCAUCAUGAUUGAGGUGUCCAGUGACGUGCACAUGCUGCUGCCUGUGCUGGUGGCCAUCAUGACAGCCAAGUGGGUUGCUGACGCGGCCUGCCACUCGCUGUACCACGGCCUGCUGGAGGUCAAGUGCGUGCCCUUCCUGCCCGGCGAGCCCGUGUCCGCCUUCAGCCUGGACCUGCUGCCAGUCAGCCACGUCAUGGCCAGCCCCGUGGUGUGCCUACGGCAGCGCAUGACGAUCCGGGAGAUCACGGACGUGUUGCGGCGCUGUAAACACAACGGCUUCCCAGUGCUCCGAGACGGGCCGCCGCCGGGGUCCCAUGUCGGAGGCGGCGGCGGCGCCGGAGGCGGCGGAGGAGGAGGAGGAGGCGCAGUCGGGGGCGCCAUGCCGCCGCUGGUGCCGGGGCCUGCGGGGCUGGUGGGACCCGCGUCGGCGGUGUUUGGGCCGCUGGGGGCGGGCCGCGCCGGGUCGGCGGCGGGGGCGGCGGGGGCGGGGGCGGGUGCCAGCGGCGGCGUGCCGGGCACGUGCUGCGGGCUCAUCACGCGGCAACACCUGAUGGUGCUGCUGCAGAAGGCGGUGCUGGCGGGCCGCAGUGACGGUCUGGAGGUGGACUGGACGGAGCUGAACCGCAAGAUGAUGGACCCGGUGGCGGCGGCCAGGUCGGUGCACCAGCAGCAGAUGGCGGUGCUGGCGCGCGAGAUGGCCGCCGACCCCGCCCUCCCCACAGACAGCGGCCUGGCAGCGCUGGGGCUGCUGCGGGCCGCCGCCGCCGCCAGGGGCGGCUCCGGAGGCGGCGCGGCGCCGCCGCCGGCUCCGCCGCCGGGCCCGUCGCUGUCGCCCGCCGCCUCCGCCGCCGCGGGGCUGCUGUCCAGCCUGGGGCUCACGGGCCGCGGCGGCAGCGGCGGGCUGGGCGCGUAUGCGGCACUGCCGGGCGGCAGCAGCGGCAGUGGGCACGCAGGACAGGGCGGGGGGCGGAGCUUGGAGCCGGCGGGGGCGGGCGCGGGGGUAGACAACGGGCCGCGGUUUGGCGGGGAGGGGUACGACUAUGGCGGCGUUGGCGUGCUUCCCUCGGUGGUGCCGGCGUCGGAGGGAAUGCAGCCGCCGCCGCAGUUGCCGCCGCGCGGCCCCGGGUUGCAGGGCCCGGCGGUGGCGGCGCGCACUCGGGACGGCGAGCGGCUGCGGCUGGACGACGCGCUGGCCCGCGCCCUCAACGGCCCCGGCGGCAGCGGCAGCGGCAGCCACCACAGCCGCCACGUCUACGGCGGCGGCAGCGGCAGGCUGCUGCCCUCCGGGGCGCCCGCCGCCGCCUCCUCGGCCGCCGCCGCCGCAGCCAAUGGCGGCGCCCACGCUGGAAACGGCGUAGACGCCGGUAUUGGCGCUGCUGCUGCUGCUGCUGUUGCUGGGGGCGCUGGGGGUACUGCGGGAGGGGGAGGGGGAGGUGCGGCAGGGGUAGCGGGGGCGGGGGGGAUGCGUGUGCUGGCGGGGCGGCCGGGCGUGACGGGCGGCCCCACGGCACUGCACCCCACCACCGCCGGCAUGAGGAACCUGCUGGUCAGCGGCAAUGUGCCGCGGCUGGGGUAGCGACUGCGGCUGUAGCGGCGGCGGUGGCAGCGGCGGUGGCGGCGGCUGUAGCUGGGGCGGUGGUGCCAGCAAUUGAAGAGCAGGCAGGACAACGAACAGCACCGAUGCGGAUGUGGCGAGAGUGGUAUAACUCAGUUACGUGAUGACUGGUGGAUCGCAGUUGGCUUGGAAUGAGCAAUGCGGUGUGUGGGCUGGCAUGACCGGCCGAGGCAGGUUGGUUGGGGCCUGUGUCUGCCGGACCAGUGCGUGUGUGUGUUUAUGGCCGGGGCGGUGGGGCGUGCUGGGGGCCGGGCGGCUGCAGAGCUGCGUGGCUGCGGGCAUUGAGGUACCACGUGCCAGGCCUGAUAGCUCAACAGGGCAUGCAUAAGUAGGGACUCAGCAGCAACGCAGCUAUCGGUAAAUGAAGCAUCCACUGGGGUAGUUAAAUUGUGAACAGGUUAGACAGGCUUGGCAGGCUUGGAGGGCUAAACAGGCUUGGAGCAAUCAAUGGGCAGUGCGUAUCAGGAAACGCCGGUGGACGGACUCGUCGAGUAGCACGAGUCCCACGGCCCCACGCAGUAUGAAACACAGUGCUGUAAUGCUGGCUUGCG